UUGAUGGAUCAAUCGCGAGAUGUAGGGUUUCCGGGCAUUUAUCCGAGCACUGAACGCCUCUGUUCUUGAUCCCUUAUUCACUAUUUCAAACACGCAACCCCCCUUCAGACAAUGAUCAUUGACUCUCACGUACACCUCUUUGCUUCUCAUCAGCUAGAUUCACUAGCAUGGAUGACUCAGGAUCAUAUUCUCCACUCAUCGCAUGGUCCAGACGAAUACGCAACGGCUGCGAGCCAGUGCAAGUCGGCGGCCAUCGACGGCUACAUUGUGGUCGAGGCCGAUUGGCGACAUACACCAACGGACUACUCUGGCCCACUUGAAGAGUUUAAGUACCAUGCCUCUCUAGUGAGAUCAAAGACUCGCCCACAGAUCAAAGCUCUCGUUCCUUGGGCUCCGUUGCCAUGGGGCGCGAGCGCGGUCGCCUCAUUCCUAGACUCCAUGCGCGAUGCAGACCCGGAAGUCUACAUCUCACACGUUCGAGGUGUACGAUAUCUAGCUCAGGAUUUUGGCAGUGGAUCAAUGACCGGGUUUACAGAGUCGAUGAAAUUGCUUGCUUCGAGGGGCCUGGUCGCCGAGGUAGGCGUGAAGAUACGCGGUGCGAUCCCCGGACCUUCUGCAGUGUAUCAGCUUGAAGAAGCGCUUGAACUGAUCAAAACAUCGCCUAAGACUCGAUAUAUAUUUGACCAUCUAUGCAAACCCGACCUGCGCAUCCCAGCCGCCGAGCUAGCCAGGAGCGACGAGUUCUCCGGCUACUCCCGCGUUAUAGCCGAGCUAGCGAGAUACGACACCUACAUAAAGCUCUCCGGAGGUUUUUCAGAGCUUGAUCCUACAAUUGCGUCGUCUCGACAUACUGAAUCGGAAGCCGUGGAAGCUAUCUUGCCAUGGGUCGAAGUCGUCUUCUCAGAAUUUGGGCCCAGACGCGUCAUGUUUGGAAGCGACUGGCCGGUAUCUACGAUCGCGGGGGGUCCUGAUGCUGUUGCUCGCUGGUUAAGGAUCUGUGGUAUGCUAUUCGAUAAACUCGGUCUCGACGAGGAUGAACGUGAAGCGGCCCUGUCCUCGACUGCACUCUCUGCGUACAAUGUCGCGUGCUGAGCGCGGAGGAGGUGGGUGUAUUAGAGUUUAGUUUCCCCAACUCCUGCACAACUUCUAAUAGUUUGUACACAGAUACGCGCUUAAAUGUAUAGAAGUUUCUGCCUUCG